AUGGUCACUUCAACUCCAUUUCUUGAAGACCAAUCAACGCCAGCUUCCUGGAAUCCCAUAACACCAUGCUGGACUCCAGGGUCAGGGGAGGCCUCUUUAACUUCACCCGUGGUAACCGAUGCAGUCGGCAGGUAUAACGAGGCGAUGGAUACAAUUGCGAGUCUUACUACACAAGAACAAGUAGAACGCGAGACUCUUAAAUAUCAGCUUAAAACUCCACUCCAAAACUUAAGCGAUGGGGAACAGUUGAAAUUUGUAAAAAAGGCUAAAGAGGACUGCUUGCACGUAUGUAAUGUAAUUGCCCCAGGUAACGGAGAGGAGCUCUUCGAGUCAAUGAUGUCUGUACAAAGAGAAUUAUUUGAUGGCGCAGUCCCCGAUGAUCUUGUGGUACUCAUGACUGCUUAUAAGAACGCGAAGACCAGGAAUUUAAAGAAACAGAUUCUGAGCCUUUACGCUCAUAGAUACCCUAUGACUAACUUAAGAAAAUUCACCAACCUUACGGAAGUCUCUCUACAUGGGAAAUAA